ACUGCAUGGUGGGAUUGUAGUUUUUCUAUAAUGAAUCUUACAGGAAAGGUUUAACAGAAAGGAGUGUAGUACGGAUCUUGGGAGGUAUCAUUGAGCGUUUAGUUUGUCAAUGGUUGUUCUGUCAUGGAAGGAAGUUACAUCAUCUUUAUUAUAGGAAAGGAAACUUUAUGAAAGCCGUGGGGGCGUUGGUUUUUUGUGUGUAUGGAUAUUCAUGUAAUGUGUUUUUGAUUUUUCUUUGAUCGGCAAAGGUAAUUCGCGUGUGUUGCAUGGAUCAUCUCUGUUGCACUUUUGUCAUUUGGAGGUUUCUCAUCAGUUUUAAUUACCGUGGGAAAGAGUUCUGAAACUAGCAGGGGAAAGCAGAAAAGCUGAGCCUGAGCCCUUGAAUUCUAGUUGGAUUAACUGAGUAAUGGGGAAUAAAAUGAAAAUGAGAACAUUUGUGAAAAGGUACGGAGUUACGGACAUUUCAGCCUAGUGGUGAGACUGUGAUACCAUUGGCAUACAUGUCAACUUGAUGAUAAAUGUGGAAUUAUGAAAAUGAGAACAUUUGUGAAAAGAUUAAUGACUUAAAUCGACGUCACUUUCUAAAGGUGGUUUGCUGUUUCACUUGGAACCUAAACAAGACGGCGGCACAUAUUAAACCAACCGUCUGCAGAGUUGUGAUCUACUUGCAGAAGGACAUGUCUGGUGAUACUUGCCUGACUUCACUGUGCUCUACAUCUGGAGCAAAACCCAAGACAUGUAAAUACAGAGGAGGCAGCUUUGGAAACAAAUAUGUCCGUCUGAACGUUGGAGGCUCUUUGUACUACACUACUGUCAAGGUUUUGACAAGACAUGACACUAUGCUUAAGGCCAUGUUUAGUGGGAGGAUGGAGGUUCUAACUGACAAAGAAGGCUGGAUCCUUAUAGACCGUUGUGGGAAGCACUUUGGGGCCAUUUUAAGUUACCUUCGAGAUGAUUCUGUGGUACUUCCAAAGAGCACACAAGAGAUAAAGGAACUAAUGGCAGAAGCAAAGUAUUACCUCAUCCAAGAACUGGUUGAUAUUUGCCAGGCUGCAUUGCAGGAAAAGAAGGAUUGCCAUCAACCUGUUUGUACAGUCCCAGUCAUAACCUCUACAAAAGAAGAAGACCAGUUAAUAGCAAUUGCUACAAAGCCUGUCGUCAAACUACUAUAUAACCGAAGUAACAACAAAUAUUCUUAUACUGUGGAAUUCCCAGAAGCAAGAAUAUACGAAGAAACCUUGAAUAUCUUACUUUAUGAAACUCCACGAGUCCCUGACAACUCGCUCCUUGAAGCCACAAGUCGGAAUCGAAGUCAAGCAUCGAAUAGCGAAGAUGAGGAGGUUUUUGAGCUUCGGGACCGUGUACGUAGGAUACAUGUAAAGAGAUACAGCACAUAUGACGACAGACAGCUUAGCCACCAAUCAGCUUACAGAGACUAAUAUGAAAUGUGUUAUAUUUAUAUUUUUAUACUUUUCAUAAUCAGGUAUGCCUGAACUGAGAACCAAGCAGUUUAUACUUGGCAUUUGGUGCAAAAUUUGCAUUUGUCCUCUGAGAUCUCAAAAUAUUCCAGUGGUAAGUUUUGUCCUUUUUAUUGAGCAGGCAAUGUUUCUGCUAUGAAGGUAAAAAUGCUGUUGUCUGAAAGGCCUGGUUCGCAGGGUGCACUUUUUUCAUUAGAAUGUAAUGAGUCAGAAGUUCUUCUCUAACAUGAGUAAUGACUUGAACAGAAGCCUCUGUGUGCUGCACUGAUUGUUUUAUUCUAUGGCCUGAGACAAGAAUCCCUUUUGUGGUAUGGUUUCAUGCCAUUUUCCAACUGUGUACACUUCCUUUAAAAUGAGAUUUGAGAUGUCCAUGAUUGAAGCUGAGAUUGCUGCUAUUUAGAAUGAAAGCAUCUGCUAACUACGUUGCUAUGGGUUCCGUUUUUAUGCACUGGGUUAAUGAAGCUUUGAAACACUGUACAUUGACUUUGAUUCCUCAUUGGUGAGAUGUAAAAAGAAAAUGUAAUUUGCCUCAAAAUUCAUGUCUGCCUUAAUCAUAGAGAAAAAUGAACUGAGUAAAGAUAUUUAUAUCCUUUUUAGAAUUUCAAAAAUUCUCUUUUCUACGCUUAUUUUCUGAGAAGCUGCUUUUCUAGUACACACAUUUUUUUCAUCAAACUGUUUUACCCCGAUUGUCUUCAUUGUACUUGACCUUCAGCUACAAAUGCACCAAUCCUACCCUGCAUAUAGCUGACAGCUUCCUUUUUUUCUAGGGUAAGAUGACUGCAAAAAUAUGUAAUUUAGGAGAUGGAUAUGUAUGCUAGCUCCGCACUUUCUGGGCUCCCAUCUUCUACUUUAUUCUGUUUGUGGCUGGAAUGCAGGGUAUUAACAGAUAUCAAAAUUGUUAUCUUUUUUUCUGCUACCACAGAAAAAUAUUUUGUAGUUUUUAUUGUCUAGUAGGUCAUAUAGGCCUAAAUCAAGACAAAUCAUGAUGUUUUAUGAAUUAUCUGAUGUCUUGUACUAAUAUUUCAAAAUAUGGUAUAGGAAUAGUGGCUGUUGUAUUGGCUAAAUGACUUUUUUUGUACUGAGAAUUUUGUAUAACACUAUUGGAAUGUUAAUUCAGAUUCUGGUACUAGA